AUGAACGACCCUUGCGGCGCCAUGUACGACCCCACUCGUGAUCUCUACUACAUCUCCUACCAGUGGCAUCCACAGCACAUCAACUGGGGCAAUAUCAGCUGGGGUCAAGCAACCAGCAAAGAUCUCAUCCACUGGACCGACCACCGCGGGUGGGAAAAUGCCUCAGCACUGACUUUUGGUCCUACUGGAAACGGCUCCUACAACGGUCUGGGCAUUUUCUCUGGCACUGCGCAGCCUGUGAACCUUCAAGGCGAGACCGACGGCACACUGCUCGUCUUCUACACUUCGGUCUCGAGGCUGCCGACGAACUGGGCUCUCCCGUACCUUCCUGGCACAGAAACCCAGAGUUUGGCGUAUAGUACCGAUGGUGGCUUGACAUACAAGGAGUAUGAGGGCAACCCGGUCAUCAAAACUACGACGGAGCAACCGCCGAUGAACUGGAAUAUUACUGGUUUCCGUGACCCUUUCCUCGAGCCUAGUCCCGAGUUGGAUGCCGUGCUCGGCGUAAGCGAGCCUCACUACUAUGCUGUCUUCGGUUCUGGUAUCAAAGGCGUUGGUCCUCGUAUUCCUCUAUGGACUGCUCCUGCUCGGAACUUGACUCAAUGGUCCUUCCUCGGCGCCCUCUGGGAGCCCAAGGCGAACACCUCUGUCGGGCCUGUACUCUCCACCGGAAGCUAUGGUUUUAACUUUGAAGUCUCAGGCUUCUUCCCGCUGUACGAUCGUGCUGGCAAAGCGCACUGGUACGCCAACAUGGGCACCGAAGGCGCCAAUGUCUCAUUCCACUCCUCCGCCCAAUGGGCUCUUUGGGCUGAAGGUACCGUGACUCAGAGAAGGAAUGGGGCCAACAUCAGCGCCGAAUUCAUUCCUCGCAGCGGCGGUGCCGCCGAUUGGGGCAACGCUUAUGCCUUGACGAGCUUCAACGACACCAAGCACAACCGUCGUGUACAAUGGGGAUGGUCCCGCGAGGACAUCCUCGGCGCCAACCCCGCCGCCGGAUCCGGCCUCUUCAGCGCACCGCAGCAGGGCUUCCAGGGCUCCCUGACUCUCCCGCGAGAACUCUUCGUCCACGAAGUCGACAACGUCGUCAACUCCUCCGCCCUGAUCGAGAGCAAAAACGCCGUCCUCGUCGCCACCAACAACUCCCAAUCUACCACUGUCACCGCCCAAACCCUCGGCGUCCGACCGCUCCCCGACGUCGUCGCUGGUCUCCGCGUCAACGCCCUGCACCAAUCCUACCCGUGCAACACCGCUUUCAACAAAACCACCAUCCUCCAACAACACGGCGCAGCCCAGAUGGAACUCCGCGCCACAUUCGCCGCACCCCCUGCGACCAACACCUCCGCCGGCGUCGGCGUCAUCCUCGCCGCCUCACCGGACAUGCGCGAACACACCACCAUCCACUACCAGCCCUCCAACCACACCAUCCUCGUCACGCGAAGCAAAAGCAGCCUGCUCGGCGGGCCCAACGGCUUCAACCCCGAGACCGUCACAGGUUUCUUCCUCCCAUACACCACCGUCUCCCGCGGCGGAAGCCGCACCCAGACCGAGGACAUCGACAUGACCGUCUUCGUCGACGGCAGCCUCGUGGAGGUCUACAUCAACGACCGCUUCGCGCUCUCCACCCGGAUCUACCCCAGCAUGAAGUGCAGCACCGGGUUCGGCGUGUUCGUGGGUCCCGGCGCGGACCCCCGGGCGCACGUCGUCCGCUACGAGGCCUGGUUGGGACUCGCGGAUGUCUGGGGCGGAAGGCCGCGGAACAGCUCCUCGCCGCUGGUGUAUGAUAGUCCGGCGCAGACGAAUAACGGGGUCUGGUGGCCUGGCGUUUGA